AUGUCGCAUCACGUAUACCUCGUCCGCCACGGUCAAGGCGAGCACAAUGUUGAGCCAACGGUCCAGAACCGCAAGAUUCAUGAUCCCGCACUCACCGACCUUGGAGUGCGGCGAUGCAAGGACUUUAACAAGACUUUCCCUGAGUACAUCCACAUCGACCUCGUCUGCGCAAGCCCAAUGCGUCGCGCCAUCCAGACGGCCAAGUACUGCUUCGAAGAUGUGAUUGCACGGACCCCGUGCCGCCAGAUCCUCCUCCUACCUUUGGCGCAAGAAACAACCAAUGAGCCGUGCGACGUCGGAAGCAGCUCUGAUGCAAUCAAGGAGGAAUUCGGUGACCUCGUAGAUGUCAGCAUGCUGGGUAAGGACUGGGCAACCAAAGAAGGUACAUACGCCGCGUCUCCCGAAGGUGUGAUCGCUCGGGGUCGAGAGUUCCGGCAAUGGUUACGGCAGCAGCAGGAUAAGAAUGUCAUUGUAGUUGGCCAUGGUGCCUUCUGGGACUACCUCUUUGGAGCGGAUGCCAACGAUGUUCUCUCCCCAGGAUACAAAUCUUCGUGGACAAACCGACAAUGGCGUGUCUGCGCGUUCCCCAAGGCUGAAUCUGACGGCCCUAUGGUAGAAGAGAAAGAAUCAAUUAUGCGACGGAAUGUAUUGGACGACGGGAAAUAG